UCAAACGCUUGACUUCGAAUCUUUUGAUUAAAAUUUUGAUAAAAACGAAAAAUAGAAAGUUACUUCACAGUACAACAAACUCUUUAUUAUUAAGUAAAGGAGUUUUGAUUGACCAUAAAUGUUCUCUCGAAUUUUUUGGUUAAUAAAAUUGUAAAUUAUUAAAAUAAUUUUAUGUACCAAAUUCCUUCCCACUUUAGUACUUUUAUAUUUAAAUGGCUGGGAAUACUGCUCUAGUUUGUUGUGUAGUUACCAUAGUGAUGAACAUUAGGACAUAAUACUAAUAUAUUCCUUCAACAAAACUACCCAAUUUUAGAUUAACUAUGCCUUUUUUUACAAGUAAAUUUUCUCCAAAAAAAGCUCCUCGAAGAAAAGGCGCAGAUAUAUCUAGUGGAACAAUUGAAGAAUUAACUUCAGAUCAAAGAACUUUACAUAUAAAAAUAAGCGACCAAAAAUAUAUAUUUGAAAAUGGUGACUGGAUACCAGAAUCUGGCAGAAACAGUGUGAUGCACAAGUCUGGUCAAAGAUUAAAAAAAAAAAUGGAGGUGCUACAAGAAGAAAACAAUUUGCUUAAUUUGAAACUGGAGAUAUUGCUAAAUAUGUUAACUCAAACUACUGCUGAAAGUCAUAUUCAACAAAGAGAAAUAAAGAAAAUUAACAAAAUGGAAAAACUAAAUAAAUAAAGAGGAUUGUAUUAUUUAUAUUAAAUAUAAAACGCUAGUAAAUAUGAUUAUUAACUAGGUAUUUGGGCACUUAUUCCUUGUAUGACCUAGAAAAAAAGAAAAAAGUUAAAAUAGUAAAAUGGCUACUACUAAACGUUUCAAAUAUAUUUGUCCCUUAGGAAAUAACCAAACAUCCUAAUUAAACUAUCUUUGACAAUAUCUACUUGAACCAUAUUAUUUGGUAUAGAUAUAUUUGAAAUUGGAACACCUUAUGUAUUUUUGAAAGGUAAAUUCUAUUACGUAAUUUUUUUUUCAGUUGUCAAACUUGCUUUGCAAUUUUUUUCUUUCAAAUCUGACUAUGCCACUGGAUUCUCCACCCCUCAAUUGGGUUUGUGUCAAAUUUCAUGAAAAAAUAUUUAUUGCUAAUUGUAGAUCUUUUCUUAAGGCUAUUAUGUUUAUAGUACUGUACACGAUUUUCUGUAUACAGGUGUGUAAAGUUCAGGAUAUUUAAUAAUAAACACAAGAAGUAAAAAUA